GUUUGUCUCCUAUAUGAUAUAUUUAACUGAUUUUUUUUAUCCUAAGAACCAAUGAUUUAUGAAGGAAAAUCAUUGAAAUUAACAAGGUUGCCCAAACUUUUGCAGACCACUGUAUCAUUAGAAGAACCACUGUUCCCUGAUACAUCUAAAAAGAUCCUGGGUAUCUUUGAAUCCUUACUGCAACAAGGUCUCAUCUCACAAAAACAAUACAGUUAUCUGGUGGGUUCCCAACCACCACGCCCAAGGUACUUUUAUUUGUUACCCAAAAUACAUAAGCCGGCUGACAAGUGGAUCGUGCCACACCGGAUGCCUCCUGGUCGUCCGAUAGUUUCGGAUUGCGGAAGUGAGAGUUAUGGGGCGGCAGAGUAUUUGGACUUUUUCUUUUCUCCCUUAUCAAAGCUACAUCCUAGCUAUAUCAGAGAUACACAGCACUUCCUGGACAAUAUCCAAAAUAUUCGCAUUAAGGAGCCUUGCUUUCUCUUUACCAUGGACGUGGCCAGUCUUUAUACCAACAUUGAAAUACCCUUAGGUAUGGCGGCCAUUAAACGCUGUUUGGAGGCACACCUGGUAGAGGGUCGUCCUGACAAGGAGUUACUUGAGUUACUUCACCUGAAUUUAACACUCAAUGAUUUUGAAUUUAACGGGAGUUAUUACCUUCAGGUUAAAGGCACGGCUAUGGGGAAGAGGUUCGCACCGGCAUACGCCAAUAUAUACAUGACAGAAUGGGAACAGACAGUAUUUCAGAAAUGCAGAAAGCUACCUCAACAUUAUUUCCGUUAUCUCGACGACAUCUGGGAAGUAGGGACUCACUUAGAGGAGGACUUCCAGAACUUUGUAGAGGAGUUAAAUAGCCAUCAUGCUUCUAUCAGAGUGGAACCUACAAUAAGCAAAACUGCGGUUGACUUCUUGGAUACCACUACUUUCAAGGGCCCAGAUUUUGAACAAACGGGGAUCCUGGCAACUAAGGUUUUCUUCAAACCAACUGACACUCAUGCUCUCCUCCAUAAACACAGUCAUCAUCCUAAACACGUGUUCCGGGGGAUUGUAAAAUCGCAACUUUUACGGUUAUUACGGUUUAUUCAGCUUGUUUUUUACUGUGAAGUCUAUUAUUUGGGCAACAAACUAAGCAAGUAUUUCAAGAACUAUAAUAAGACCAGCUACCACUGCGCAGUGGAGCCGGUGACUCCGGCCUCUCUCUCUCUCUCUCAACACAAAUAGAUAUAGUGCACUAUAGCUCUGGGG